AUGAGUAAAUGUUUGAAUUGCAAUUAUUGCAAGUGUAUGGAUGAAACUAAUAAUUUUCAAAUGAACGGAAUAACAUACAAAUUGAAAGGAAGAUAUAACUGUAAUUCAACGUUUGUAACAUAUUUAGCAAGAUGUACAUCCUGUCCGUGUUUUUACAUUGGUAAAACAGAAAGGAGAUUACGAGACAGGGUGUACGAGCAUUUAUAUGCUAUUAAAAAGCUUAAGUUAGAAAAUGCACUUGCUAAACAUGUAGGUAGUAAUAGAAACCAUAGCAUUAAGUUCAUGGUGAUAGAUCAAGUUAAGCCUGGCUUUGGUGUUGCUCAGGAUAAACUGCUUGGUUUAGUGAAAACCAGUGUCGAUUUUGUCUGUCAGUUGAAGUUCCCAUCUGGAAAUUACCCAGCUUGUAUUGGUGACAGCAGAGACCUGUUGGUCCAUUGGUGUCAUGGAGCACCUGGCGUCAUAUACAUGCUGCUACAAGCAUAUAAGAUAUUCGGGGAAGAACACUAUCUGCAAGAUGCCCAUCAGUGUGGUGAAAUUGUCUGGCAGCGGGGGCUACUGAAGAAAGGGUACGGUAUCUGCCAUGGGCCAUCAGGCAAUGCUUAUGCUUUCCUUGCACUUUAUAAACUCACACAUGAUGUGAAGCACUUAUACCGAGCAUGCCAGUUUGCAGAGUGGUGUUUAGACUAUGGAAAGCAUGGAUGCAGGACGCCCGACACUCCAUAUUCACUGUUUGAAGGUAUGGCGGGGACAAUAUACUUCCUUGCAGAUCUUCUGCAGCCAACGAAAGCCAAAUUCCCAGCGUUUGAACUGUGACGAUUUGAAUGUCAAGUUGUCGAGAUGUCUAACAGAGCUGUAACACAUCCAUGUUUUCCUGCUGCAUGAAAAGCUCCAGCUGAUUACACUGUUAAGAAAGUUGCUUAAUACAUUGCUUUUUUUUUUUUGGUUUUGUUUUUUUUGUUUUUGUUUUUUUUUGUUUUGUUUUGUUUUGUAAUGGAGUUGGUCAAAAACUGCAUUAGAAAUGGUUUAAUAACCAGGCUUAAAACUUCCUGGGCAUAGGAUUUUACCUGCUUUCAGCCCAGAAUUGUCUGCCUUUAGUAUAACUGACUUAUUCCUGACAUCAUAAUGCACCAUCUUUCUUGCAAGGGAGUUUUUAAUGUCUGAUUUGUAUACAGUGUUACGUUUUUAAGGGUGUAACUUGAUCCUUAUCUCUCUAACUAUUUUGCCUUCAAGGAAGAUCAGAACUUUUGAAACCGAAGAGUUUAACUAUGUCCUUGUUAUAACUUUAAAAAGUCGAAGACAAUGUCUUCUGUGGAAUAACUCUCACUAACUGGUAAAUAGAGAAAUGUAUUUAAAGUUGUUCUUGUUUAGA